AUGGAGACUGACAGCUAUACCUCCGGCCCAGCCACCGCUGACUGGGUUGGGACGGUGGCCGGUCUGGAGGGAACAGGAGUCCUACAGGAGCAGGGAGGAGGGGGCUCGUCCAGCAGCCCCGUGUCCUGGUACAUGCCAUACUCGCUGGGCUUCCAGGUGUCGCUCACAGCCUUCCUCAUGCUGGAGCUGGUGCUGGGCUUCAGCAGCAACCUGACAGUGCUGGUUCUCUACUGCUCUCAAUCCAAGUUAGUGGAUUCAGUGAGCAAUAUGGUCACUGUAAAUCUGCAUAUAUUGGACGUGGCGGUGUGUGUGCUGUGUCUGCCGCUCACGCUGGUGGUGGUGGUGCUGCCUCCAGGACCAAACCUGGCCCUGAUCUGCUGCUUCCAUGAAGCCUGCGUCACAUUUGCAAGCAUCUCCACAGCCAUCAACAUCCUGGUCAUCAGCUUGGACCGAUAUGACAUUUCAGUGCGGCCGGCCAACAGGAUGCUGACCACACGCAGAGCAGCGCUGCUCCUGGCUGCUGUUUGGGUCACGUCAGUAGCUGUGUUUUUUAUCCCAUUCUUGGAGGUGCAGUGGUCCAGCGGAGAGGGAUCACAGGAGAAAGGGCAGGCGCCACCCGUGUCUUUGUCAUCACAUGGCACCAAAGUGGGGCCAGCAUGGCGUAACCUGACCCUGCUGUGUAUCGGUGGACAGGGCUAUCACACAAGCCUGGGAAUGUAUUACCAUCUUAUCCUGCAGGUACCCAUCUUCUUCACCACCGUGGCAGUCAUGCUCUUCACCUACUCCAGGAUACUUAGAGCUUUGAACAUCCGCAUCGGCUCCCACGUGAAGAAGACCCAGCGGUUCAGGGGACCCUCCUGCAGCGGGCUCCACAAGAGACACAAGAAAAAGAAAGCUGGGAUAACGGUGAUCGAUGGCGGGGAGUUGGGAGGGGAGCAGAGCAACACAGAUGGUACCAAACAGCUCAGCCACCCUCCCCUCAUUCCUUCCUCCUCCCCUACACCCACAGCCACCUCUCCCCCUGCCCUGUCCUCGUCCGCCCCUCUGGUCAUCUCUGAAAUGGGUGCGGCCACCGCUAUGCCAGCCACGAUGGGUGUUCAGGCCUCGGUGUCAGCUAUCAUUGCCUUGCGGAGGGCAGUGCGGCGACAUAGGGAUCGACGAGAGCGCCAGAGGCGGGUCUUCAGGAUGUCCCUCAUCAUCAUCACCACCUUCCUGGGCUGUUGGGCUCCCCUUUCUGUGACCAACUUGCUAAUCCUUGGCAUGGGCCCGAGUGACACACUGAUCAGCCUGCGCCUCUGGUUCCUGGCCCUCGCUUACGGCACCACUGUCUCCCACCCUCUGCUCUACGCUUUCACCCGACAGAAGCUACGCCGUGCCCUCCGCGCCAAGGUUAAAAAGAGGGUGGUGUCCCUGCUUCAAGUAGACCCUUCACCGGGGGGCACGAUCAUACACAACUCCUGGGUGGAGAACAGGAAAACCACCCGGCAGGUGCGGCUGGAGGCAAGUGAGGGCACUGACCGUUGCCAGGCAGAGGCCCUGUGA